GGGCCAAGAAUUGGGCCGUCCGGGGGCGGGGUGUCUCGGAGGCGGGGCCGGGGCCCCUGUGUUUGUUGCACCGUGUCAGUUACAUUGUAACAAAAGUGGUGCAGCCGCUCUUCGGGCCAGCACCUUAGGCCCGCCCGCCACCAGCUGUCUCCGACAUGGAACCUGUGGCCAGCAAUAUCCAGGUCCUGCUGCAGGCGGCCGAGUUCCUAGAGCGCCGCGAGAGAGAAGCUGAGCAUGGCUACGCGUCCCUGUGCCCGCACCGCAGUCCGGGCCCAGUCAACAAGAGGAGGAAGCGAUCCCCCCAAGCUUCUGGCACGCUGGACAGUGGGCGGUCUGUGCACAACGAGCUGGAGAAGCGCAGGAGGGCCCAGUUGAAGAGGUGCCUGGAAGAGCUAAAACAGCAGAUGCCCCUCGGGGCUGACUGUGCCCGGUACACCACACUGAGCCUUCUGCGCUGGGCCAGGAUGCAUAUCCAGAAGCUUGAGGAGCAGGAGCAGCAGGCGCGGCGGCUCAAGGAGAAGCUGCGCAGUAAGCAGCAGAGCCUGCAGCAGCAGCUGGAGCAGCUCCGGGGGCUGGCGGGGCCAGGUGAGAGGGAGCGGCCACGGGCAGACAGCCUGGACUCUUCAGGCCUCUCGUCGGAGCGUUCGGACUCAGACCAAGAGGAGGCAGAGGUGGACGUGGAGAGCCUGGUGUUCGGGGGCGAGGCUGAGCUGCUGCGGGGCUUCGGCGCAGGCCAGGAGCACAGCUACUCACACAGCAGAACCACCUGGCUAUGACCUUCACCGCCCCAAAGUGGGCCUCUACCCUCAGACUACUCUCCGCUCUGCCGGCAGGAGUCCUCCCCAAAGCCUCAGGGGCUGCUCGGAGUCACCUCCUGUUGCAAUGGACUAAAAGGACCCUUGUGUGGGAAUAGGUGCCUGCCCCCAACCUUGCCACCGGCUGUGCCUCCUGGGGGAGGGGUGCCUGGGUUUCCCCUGAGCCCCACGGGGCAGGCAGCUUAGGCCUGGGCCACUCUUCCAGGCCUUUUUUUUUGUAGCACUUGGCUCUGCUGUCCCCAAGGGGGCAGGAAGCCUCUUGGGCCCUCACAUUCCUUCCUAGACAAGGCUCUCUGGCCUUUGUCCCAGAUACUGUACAGUAUUUUCAUUAAAAGCCUCUUUACUAA